AUGGCUCGCACAAAGCAAACAGCUCGCAAAUCAACAGGCGGUAAAGCACCUCGUAAAUCUGCUGUAUUUCAUACAUAUGCUGCAAGAAAACAAGCCGAAGCAAAACAACAAGGUAAAGCAGAAAUUACUGAAGCUGAACUCGAAGCAGCAGCUCCAGUUGAAGUAACAUAUGAUGUUAGUUAUGAAAGUUCGUUUUACGCGCAUCAUUUUACUGCACAACCAACAACAACGGAUUUAUUUUUACCAUCAUUCGGAAUAGCAACAACAAUUAAUCCAUUAGAAAAUGAAAAUAAAAAUAUUGAACAUUGGUUAAGUGUUAAUUUUAAUAGUUGUCUCGAUGGUCCUGGUAUUCGUACAUAUCAUACUCGACUUCAUCUUGUUAUAACACUUGAUAUAUCUGGUUCAAUGUCCGAUAAAUUCGAAGGUGAACCAGGUAAAACAAAAUUACAAGUUGCUCAACAAUCAUUACUAACACUUCUUAAACAACUUACACCUGAUGAUGCACUUGGUAUUGUACUAUUUAAUCAUGCUGCAACAGUUCUACAACCAAUUGAAAAAAUAUCUUCAAUUGAUAAAAAAGAAUUAGAAGGCAAGAUUCUUAAAUUACGCGCUAGCGGUGGUACUAAUAUUAGUCGAGCUAUCGAAGUUGCAAGUGACUUAUAUAGCACAGUUAUAGAUACAAAAGGUAUAAAAGAUGAUAAUAAUAUGAUUAGUCGUCGUAUUUUUUUUCUAACCGAUAUGGAAGUAUCAACAACAGAUGGACAAAAAUUUUUACAACAUAUUCAAACUAAUGCACAAAAUCAAACAAUAUGGUCAACUGUUGUCGGUGUUGGUCUUGAUUUAGGUGCUGAAGUUAUUCAAUCUGUUUCACGUACAAUUGGUUGUAAUUAUUGUAAUGUUCGAAAUGCUCGAACAUUUGAUGAAUUAAUGAAUACUGAAUUUCAUUAUACUGUUACACCAAUUGGAUUUAAUAUUGAAUUAAAAUUACUUGGAGAUAAAUAUACAAUUGAACAAGGAUAUGGUUCACCUGAAGUACAUCAAUUACAAGAUCAAAUAAAUACACGUCAAAUAAUUAAAUUAAUAACAGAAUUUCCAUCACCAAUGAAUGAUAAAAAUGAAGUACGUGGUGGUUGUCUUUUAUUUAAAAUAAUUGAUUUAAAAAAAACUGAAAAUGACUCGAAAUUUCAAAUAAAUACAUCAUGGGAUACAGUUUCAGGUAUACGACAAAUAAAUGAACAAGAAUUCGAAUUUUCAAAUGACAUGAAUUCGUUUACUCAUCUCGGUAUACGUAAAGCUAUUUUACUUGUACGUUAUACAACAUUUAUGAAACGUUAUUUAAAAUUACGUCAAGCAUCAAGUACACCGGAUAUUAUUGAUGAAUAUCAAACAAUGCGUCGACAAUUUCCACGUUUAGUCGAAUAUUUUAAUAAUGAAAUGACGGCUAUUAAUGAUAAAUCAUUAAAUGAAGAAGAAUAUAAACAUUUAUUAGAUAUUGCACAACAAGAUGAUAUACCAUUGAAUGAUAAUCUUCUUGCAGUACCAAUCGUUGCACCUAAAACUGUUACUAUAGCUACUAAUCCAACUAUGGCAGUAUUGAAAACACUUCCUUCACUUGAAGAAUUACCUCGUCGAGAUCUACAAACUUUAGCCAAACAUCAUAGUAUCAAAGGAAAUUUAAAAACUGAAGAAUUACGUGAGAAACUAACUCAAAUUAUUACCGGUGAUAAGACAAUUACUACUACUACUGGUGGUGAUGUAUGUUGUAUUUGUUUAACAAAUAUCAGUUCAGUUAUUUUACUUCCGUGUAAUCAUAAAUGUUUAUGUAAUGAUUGUGUUGAUAAACAAGAGGAACAGCUGGCUAAAUGCCCAUUAUGUCGACAAGAUAUUUUGGGCGUACCAACGCCAGGACUUAAACGACAGCGCACAUGUUAA